AUUGUAAACUUUUUUGUACAUUUCACUAGUAUUAUUGCAGUAGAUUUGUACUGUAUUCAUUUGUACUGUAUGUGGAAAGAACACAGUGAUCUUGGGCUAAACACCCAACUGCACAAUGCUUUAAAGUAUUUUAAAAGUCUAAAAAGAGUACAAACUGUCACCUCUCAUGGAAGCAGCUGUUCACUGACCCUGUCUGCUUGUCAGGACGUCUCACACAAACAGUGAAUCAUGCUUUAGUUGAACGGUUAUUUCUAUCAGUGAACCAUGAUUCACUUCACACAUAGAUAUCCUUACACUAACAUUAUUGUAGUAAAUGUCAACCAUAUCUAAACACAUAAAGUACUGGAACAAAUAGUCCUGCCAUUGUGCUGCUGUUUUCCUCGUAAAAACCAAAUAUCUCACCCUAUUAGAAAGACAAAAGUAAAUGAAACAAAAAGAUCAUAGGCUAUUUUUGUGUGGCCACUGGCCAUACAACAAUGUUGUUUCUGAUCUCUAGGGUGACAAGGCUCCACAGUUGUUUUUACUCUAUGACAGCUGUGUGAGCUCUCUGACUUGGCCAACCCAAAUUCUUCAUGGAUGGGAUGUUUGGCUAUAUUUAGAAGGGUACGGUUAUAUUGAGGUGGCCUCAGACCUGGCUGCCUCUAGUUCUCUGUCUUGACCAGCUAGGACCGUUUGUAGUGAGCUGCCCCGCUUCCAUCCACUUCCUGUCCUGAAAGAAUGGAUCCCCAAGGCUUGAGGGAAGAUCUCCGUCUGUUUCAGACCACUUUGCUGCAGGAUGGACUCAAAGAGCUUCUGAAUGAGAACAAGUUGAUUGACUGUGUCCUCAAAGUAGAAGACAGGAGCAUCCCCUGCCAUCGGCUCAUUCUGGCAGCUUGUAGUCCAUAUUUCCGGGAGCUGUUCUUCUCACAGGAUGGCAAAGAAGUGGACAAAAAGGAGGUUGUUCUAGAGAACCUUGAUCAUUGUGUCAUGGAUAUGAUUGUAAAUUACAUGUACUCAGCAGAGAUUGACAUCAAUGACAACAAUGUACAGGAUAUUUUGGCUGUUGCCAACCGCUUCCAGAUCCCUUCAGUGUUCACAGUAUGUGUGAAUUAUCUCCAGAAGAGGCUGUCAAAGAAAAACUGCCUUGCCAUCUACAGGCUGGGACUGAUGCUGAACUGCGCCAGGUUGGCAAUUGCAGCUCGAGAUUACAUUGCAGAUCGUUUUGAGACCAUAGCCCAGGAUGAGGAUUUCCUAGGGCUAGCUCCACCUGAACUCUUUGCCAUUAUCGGAGCAGAUGCACUGAAUGUAGAAAAAGAGGAGGUAGUGUUUGAGACCCUCAUGAAGUGGAUCAGGAAAGACAAAGAGAAGCGAACAAAAUCCUUAGAAGAGGCCUUUGAGUGCAUUCGUUUCCGUUUACUCCCAGAGAAGUACUUCAAGGAAAAGGUGGAGAAAGAUGACCUCAUUAAAAGUAAUCCUGAGCUUCUCAAAAAAAUCAAAGUAAUAAAGGAAGCCUUUGCAGGGAAGAUUCCUGAGAAGAAAAAGGGACAAGAUGAUGAUGAGGGAGAGGAGGCAAAGUUGCCCGGGUACCUGAACGAUAACCGCAGAUACGGCAUGUACGCCAAAGACGUGGUUCUGAUGAUUAAUGACACUGCUGCUGUGGCCUACGAUGUACAGGAGAAUGAAUGUUUUCUUGCUGCAAUGGCAGAGCAGAUCCCUCGAAACCACGUCAGUCUGAUGUCAAAGAAGAACAAUCUGUAUGUGUUAGGGGGACUGUUUGUAGAUGAAGAGGACAAAGACAGCCCACUGCAGUGUUACCAUUACCAGUUGGACAGCCUCACUGCUGACUGGGUUGCCCUGCCACCCAUGCCCUCCCCCAGGUGCUUGUUUGCGAUGGGGGAAUUUGAAAAUCUCAUCUUUGCUGUAGCAGGAAAAGAUUUACAGUCCAAUGAGUCCCAUGACACUGUUAUGUGCUAUGACACUGAAAAAAUGAAGUGGACUGAAACAAAGAAGUUGCCCUUGAAAAUCCACGGCCAUUGUGUGGUCUCUGAGAACGGGCUGGUGUACUGCAUUGGAGGCAAAACAGAUGACAAUAAAUCGACCAACAAGAUGUUUGCAUACAACCAUAAGAGGUCAGAGUGGAAGGAGGUGGCUUCCAUGAAGACACCCAGAUCGAUGUUUGGCGCAGUUGUCCACAAAGGGAAGAUCAUCGUCGCUGGGGGAGUCAAUGAAGAAGGCCUCACUGCUGCAUGUGAAGCAUACGACUUUGGAACCAACAAGUGGUCACCCUUCACAGAGUUCCCCCAGGAGAGGAGUUCAGUCAACCUGGUCAGCUGCGGUGGAGCUCUGUACGCUGUAGGAGGCUUUGCCAUGGUGGAGAACGAGAACAAAGAGUGUGCACCCAGUGAAAUCAUUGACAUUUGGCAGUAUGAGGAGGACAAGAAACAGUGGACCGGUAUGAUCAGAGAGAUGCGCUAUGCAGCCGGAGCCUCCUGCGUGUCCAUGCAUCUGAAUGCAGCCAGAAUGCCAAGACUGUAACAACGGUCCAGAGACAUUUCACUUUACCGCCUUAGGAAAGAAUAUUAUGCAAAAGCCCUUAUUUAGUGGCUCAUGAUUUUAAUUGGCUUUUUCUCUGAAGUCAUUGGAGUCUAAAACCGUCACUGCUGAUCCUGAUCUCCUGAAAUGUGGCAAUCUUUGACCCACCCAUUGAGUAUUAUUGCUGUCAAUGGCUAAAUAUUUGUAUAGAAAGACUAUUUUUUUCGUUGAUAUAACGUGUACCCUAUAAAUCUCCACUAACCUUCAUAGACUGGAGUAAACUAACUGAAGGUUCAGUGAUGAUGAUGCAAACAAUUAGUUUGUAAAAAUUUGAUCUUGGGACAAUUUCAGAUGUUCAUGGUCAAAAGCUCAACAGUCACGAUUAAAACGUUUGUGUGACUUAUUAGUCAGUACCGACCAAGAGAGGACAGAUGUAUCAGCUGAUGAUUUUAAACGUUGGUUCCUGCUGAGGCUCACCAUACUGACUUCACAGUUCACAGCCAGUGGUUCAAGAUUCAGAUCCUUUACAGUAAUAAGUAAAAAUACCUCACCGUGAGUGUAAGUCCUGUAUUUACUCAGUCCUUUCUUAGUAAAAGCACAUAAAUAUUACCAGUAAAAUAGUAGUGAAAGUGAAA